AUGUCAAAGACCAGCAAGGGUGAACCAUCUCAUACUUUUGAACUCGCACAUUCAUCAUCGGAUUACAACGCAAAUAUGCACCUCCCCUCAGUUCUGGCUCUCUUUUCUGUUGGCGUAACAGUGCUGGCUAUGCCUUUGAGCGGCCCCGCCGCCAAUCUCGGUGUUGCUCGUCGUGCGCCAGAAGAGACCACCAUCGAUUUUGACAAACGCGAAGAAACUACCAUUGACUUCGACAAGCGUGAGGAGACUACCAUCGAUUUCGACAAGCGCGAGGAGACUACCAUCGAUUUCGACAAGCGCGAGGAGACUACCAUUGACUUCGACUAA